GGUGGAUCAGAUUCUGGGAAAAGGCCAGAUUCCCGUGGAUAAGAAGGUGCGGGACAAACUGAAUCCAGAUGGAGAGUCGCUGGAGGGCAUGAGCAUGCUGGGACGGGUGUGUAAGGUGGAGAGACAGGUGACUUCCAUUGAGUCAAAGCUGGACUCUUUGUUGGACGUUUACCGCCAGGUCCUCCAGAAAGGCCCCACAGCCCUCACUCUCUCCUCCCUGCCGCUGUUCGAGCUGGACAACCACCAGCACCUCAACUCAGACUACCAGACCUCCGUCAUCAGACCCUCUUCUCCCCAGGGGGGGGAUCUUGUUGGAGGCGGAGGAGAAAACCGUGGAGGAUUACGCCGUUCUCUCAGCGCCAACCCCAGAGGCCUGCGUCUCAUCCUGGCUCCUUCCGAUGACGACGGCCCCCCGGACUCAGCCCCUCCAUCCUACCCCCCGUCCACAGCCUCUCUCUCCCCGUCCCCCCUGCUGCCUCCUGAUAGCCCCUAUCCAACCUUGGUCACCCCCAAUGGUACCUCCAAAAGAGCACACUUCCCUGACCUGCCUCCUCCACCUCCAUCCUCAGGGGGCUUCACCCUCCGUCUGCCCCCCCUGCUGCAUCCCUCCCACCUCCGAUGCUCCACCGACCCCCUCCCAGAUGAAAUGAAAGACGUGCUGCCGUUGGAUGAGGGCAGCCUGGGCCCAUCUGUGGUUCUUGGGUCCAGUGUGGAUGCUGAGCAGGAAGCGGACGGUGGUGCGGGGGUGCAGUCACAGGAGGGGGUCUGGAGGAGGAACAUGAGCCUGGAGGUCAACCCCCUGCUGCUGCUCUCAUCGAGCCCAGACGAGAGGCCUUCAGACUGGGGAGGCUCCCUCUCUGUGCACAACCUCAGCCAGCCUUUGAGCAACCAUAACCCCGGUCUGUCUUCCGCGCUCAACAACAGCAACGGUAGCAGCAACGGUAGCAGACACGGUAACGCCCACGUUGACCUCAGCAACUGGGAUGGAACAGAACUCUUAAUUAGUGAGUGCAAGGUAGAGCCAGCUGAAGAACAUUUCAACUUCUUGUCCCAGGAACCGGACCCCUCAGACCUCUUACAGACUGCGGAGGAGGAGGCUCCUCCCCCAGAGUUCCUCAGUCAGUCGCCACACAUACACCUGGCAUAACCACACACACACACACACACACACACACACACACACACACACACACACACACACACACACACACACACACACACACACACACAUCAUUUUAAGGAAAUGUACACAAAUACAAACUUUCCUUGAAAAUAAAAAAUGUUGGUCUUUAUCUAAGGAUAUUUGGAGAUGUAACUUUUUACAAAAACAGAUUGUUCAUAUACAAUGACAUCAAUACAAAAAAGUUGAUCAAAUUGAUGUUUGUUUUAAAUAAAGACCCAGGAAAGAUAGUGAUUUCUGAGCCUGCAGUCUGACACCUUCUAAACUAAUGUUAGAAGCAAAUACAAAUAAUUUGUUUACAGCAGUCCUUCAUAUUAACUCAAAGGAAAAGACUGUAUGAUUGUAUCAAAGCCAACAUGGGUGCAUAUAACAACAAUCUAUUGUCUAGUUGAACCUCACACAUGCCACAGUUACAUGCCCUCACAUACAACCACUCUAUCACACACACAAAAACACACUGACACAUGCAACCAUCAACCACAAUCACCACUAACUCCAGCUAACUUGACAAAGAGCUGUGACUGACUUUAUACUUUUUUGUUUUCAUACAAGUGCUUGUAUUCAGAGACUUUGUCGAAAAGGAGUGUCACUCACUCUCCUUAUUCAAUGUCUGUCUUUGGCAAUGUGAAAUGUCAUCUUUUACUUUCAUACAUAUCACUGCAUGGACUGUUUCCAAAAAAAAUAAUGAAUGAAAUUAGAACUAUAGGUGGGGCCUGGUAUGAUGGGAAUAUCUGAAAUAUAAAAAGAGUUCAAAGCAUCCUCAGCAUGUAUUUAGACCCAAAGCUCCCGUUCUGUUUCUACAACCACAGAAAUAUUAGUUAAUGUUUAUCUGGCUGUUUAGUUUUGUCUUUCAGCUAGUUGUCUGUAAAUUUGGAUCGGACAAACUUACUUGGAGAAGAUUUCUUAUCAGCAAUCGGUAAAGACAAAGUGCUGGACUAUGUCUGAAUAGUGAAUUGCAGUAGGUUUAUCAAGCUGAGCAUGAGAUGCUGCAUGUCUAAGCUGUUGCAAUAAGAGCAGUUACACAACGCUGGUGGCCUGGAUGUCCUUCUGCAUGUUAAUGCAACGUUAUGUAUGUAGUUAUUGUUUGUUUUUUAUUUAGCCCCCCCCACACACAACUGUUGGACAGCUUUUAACUUCACAAGUGCAAGUCCUGACUGCACGGCUAACGGCUAACUCGCCGAUAGCUGCAAUUGUUAGUUAGAAGUUUUUAGUUGCCCUAGCAGAAGGUAAAGCUUUUUGUACAUCAGGAAACUCCGUAAAUCAUAGUUAGUCGAGGGAAAUCAGAAAACAUUUUGUCAAUUUAAUAUGACCCAGUUCCACUAAAAUCAACUUAGUGCCAUGAAGCCUUAUGCACUUCUCCUGGGAGAAUGAAUGAAGCAAUCACCUAAGUGAUGUAGUUAAAGAACAGAUGUUCAGAGGUGCCAUUCUCCCUAUUACACCUUUAAAAUGAUUUGUAAGCUCUUACAAAUAGCUAAUGUUGCUUUAAAGCAAUGUUUCCUCAAAAUCCUAAUCACUAGAGUGUGAACAAAGACUGCAUAUAUGAACAUUAUAUAUCCUAAUUUGAACUCAUUUAAAUUUAGUUAUAUGAAUAACCCACUUACAAUGACCUUUUAGAACAAACAUACAACCUCUUUUAAUUUGUUUUGUUGACAAACCCUGUCUUUUUACUGGGUGCUGUUUGCACCUUGUGCAUCAAUAAUGAUUAGAGGCUGCUGGACUAAACAUAUUCCCUCCUCCCAAUCCAGAGCACAGUAGGGGUAGUGAGGAGUUACAGGGCCACAUGUGCAAUGCACAGACUCCACUUAUAACAUAUCAGGUUAUUUUGGAUUCACCUGAGAAACCCAUGAUAACAAUGUACUGUACAUGCACUGUUGUUGAUCCAGUAUGCGUGUUGUUACUUGAUCCAUGUGUCCCUUCUGCUGCUGACAAAAAUGUGAUGUAUUCAAAUUGUAAAUCAGGAGCGAGGGUGGAUGAGAUGAGAAAGAUUUGCCAUAUUAUCUUAAUACAAAAUGCUUAUAGAUAUUUUCUGUGACUCUUGCAUUUUCAACAUUCAGCUGGUGCACUUAUUCAGAGACAGAAUUGAAUCUGAGAUUGAGAUUAAAAUGUGUUUGUUGUGUGGCUGCUUAAAAGUUGUCUGCUGCCCCCCUGAAAAAUAUGUUUAGUUUACCACCAUUUUGUAUGUGCAUGUACUUCCUCCUCAUCACAUCAAUCAUAAUUACAAUACUUAACCAAUUAGGGUUAUUAUGAUACGCUUAAAAACACUCAAGUGCACAUAUGUAUAUGUGCAGUAAGUCCAUAUUCAGAUUGUUUUCACUGGCAGGUUAAAGGAAGAUGAGGCAUUGCAAGUGUCCUAACACUCAAUGCCAUCCUGCUUGUUGACUGCUAUUGAAUCAGAAUAAUGCAAAAAACUAUGUCCGCCAUCUUAAUUUUUGUUAGCCAUUUUGAUUUGUUUUUGCAUGUUUACCUCUUAGGGGUUUGCCGUCACAGCAGUCUUAAAAAUGUAUUUUAAUGUGUUAAUGACAACCUUGAUUCAUCAUUGUUUUUUUCAGAUAUUUUCCCUUUGUGUUAAAUGGUGAGUAAGUGCAUCGCUUAGCAAAUUAAUAUUCUGUAGUAGAAUAUAACAAGUAUUAUCUCCUAACAAAUUAAAAUUGUAAACACUUGAUUUUGAAAUAUUCUACAGCCCAUGCAGACGUUUUUUCUGGUAUGAUGAAAUAUAUUAUCAACGUUGAAAGCACAGCUGUUUUUGAAGAGUUUGAGGAGCCUGAAAAUGUGACAUGGUAGUUUAAGACUUAAUAUUGGAAUAGAUUUUUUUGUAGUUAUUGAUUGAGCUUUGCUACAUAUGAAAAGAGGCCAAUAAGAACUGUCUGUUGCUUUGAAACGAGAUGUCAAACACAAGGAAAGCCCAUGGAUUGUUCCUGUCAUACAACAUGCUCAGUUUUGCUAUCUGUAAAUUGCUUAAGGGUGCCUUUCUUGCAUAUGAAAAGUAUUUUUUUUUUUCACGAGGCUAUAAAGGUCCUGUCCACAGACUUUAAAUGGCUUUGAUGGCUAAUAAUACAAUUUCUCUACUGCUUGAACAGUAAUGUAUUACACAACUGGGCCUUAAAGCUUGAUAAUGUUAACAUUUUUAUUUCUUUGAAAUUAAUUUAUUAAAGUGCACAUUAUGUUCUCUCUUGAUGAGAAAUGCAAAAAUAAUUUUAUUAUUCUAUAAUAAAGUACAA